AGCACUUUCUCUUCUGAGUUCUGAAUUCUGAUCAUGGGGACUCCAUGGAGCCCCAUUUGGAGUGUAUUUGGUGUAGUCGUAUUGUUGUUGGUGGCCGCCUCAUGCUCAAGUGCUACGACGACGACAGAGACAUGGGCUGUCGGCUCAACCGAGUGUCUAGAUUGUGCGCAGAAGAACAUCAAGAGUGAGAAUGCAGCCAAAGGAUUACGCGUAGUCGUCCAAUGCAAAGUUAGCAACGAGAAAUACGAGACCAAAUCUGUCGGUGCUGUCGAUGGCAAUGGCAACUUCAACGUUAAGCUCCCGAGCGACCUCCUGCAAACCAACGGCGAGCUCAAGCAAGAAUGCUUCAUGCAGCUCCACAAUGCUCCCAACGCGCCCUGCCCAGACAAGAAUGGACUCACCAGUCCCUCCAGCAAACUAAUCCUCAAAUCUAAGGGCAUCUUCACAGCUGCCGGGAAGCUGUCUUUUGCCUCGGCGACAUGCGUAUUCGCCACCUUCUUACCACCCUACAGCGAUCCCUGGCACAAAAAGCCCAAGUACUCCUUUCCACCCGUCCAUCUUCCCCCCUUAGCCUUCCCGCCCAAGCAUGACUUCCACCAUCACCAUCCCAUCUAUACCCCACCGACACCGACUUAUAAGCCGGCACCAAAGUACAAUCCGCCAUCAGGAGGGUACUAUAACCCACCGACACCAACCUAUAAGCCUGUGAGGCGUUAUUGUUGACGAAGGGUUCCCUUUCGUUACUCUCCUUUUGCUGCAAACGCCAAGGAGACGAAGGGGCGUCCUUUCCCCUUCGUCUUCCUUAGCCUUAUUAUAAGAGGCGUCCAAGGCAAUCAGAAAAAGGACAACGAUGAAGCGGAGGUGAUCAACGAGACAACACUGUCAAGUUGUGAGGAGAUUUGCUCGAGCAAAGGAGAACGUCCAGAGGUCGAGAUUUAGUUUGUGAAAGAGUUCAAGGAGGUUCCGUGAGGUGAUCUUCUCGGCGACAGCAGCAGCGACGUCUCCGGCGGUUCGUCGACGAUUUCUUCGGGAGAUCAAUGUGA